AUGGAGGACAAGGCCCCCCGCAUCGCUCCGGCUACGGAAGGCCACCAGAGCAACGGCCACGGCCAUACUCACAGCCACAGUCACAGCCACAGCCACAGUCACAGCCACAGCCACAGUCACGGACACGGCAGCACCGGCUUCGGCAAGCACAAGACGGCGGCCAGCGUGGCCGCUUCCGACACCAACGUCAGCGAUGUCACGCGCUCGGGCACGCCAAAGAAGCGUCGCAAGGUGAACCACGCUUGCGUGUACUGUCGUCGAUCUGAACGGCCUUGCACCCGAUGUGUUAAGCGCAAUAUCGGCCAUCUCUGCCAUGACGAACCCAGGGACUCGGAUUCCCGCAAGUCCAAGAGUGUCGUCGGCACCUCUGUGGCCGACGAGUCUGAAGACUUUAACGCCCACCGACGCGCCUCUACCGACCAGAAGACGAAUGUGAACGCCAUGCCGCCGCCGUCCCUCGAUGCCGGCAGCGCUAGAGACGCAGCCAAACCAGCCUUCAACGCACCUGUGCUAGGUCUGGCCAACCCAAUGCAGCUUGUGCGACCAGGCGUGGUCUCUGGAAUGCAACCCAAUCUCAGUGACGUGAGCCAGUUCGGCGGCUUCUCGGAUGCCUGGCUGACGGCCCAGAACCACUUCGACAUGCACAACCACAACGGCUACAUGAUCGUCCCCGAGGUCAGCGGCGAGUUGCAGUUCCUCAACGACUUCCUGCACAGCAGCAUGGUCGAUGACGCCGCCUUUGUCGACGACCAGAACGCCCAGCUGCUGAGAAGCGCUCCGCCAGACGUGGCCACCAGCUUUCUCACCAGCCCGACGACCAACGACGGCACCAAGAGCGGUGGUGGAGGCGACAGCCGUGAGCUGGACAGCAACGGCAACAAUGUUGAUAACAACUCCCUGAUACCCCCUGGGACCAUGCUCCCACCGAGCGUGCUCGACAGCGCGAUGGGCAACAGCAACAAUGCUGGCAACGGGCCACGCACACCGCUACGUGGAGCUGCUGCCGUUGCCGCUGCCGCUGCUGCUGCUGUUGCUAAUAACAGCAACGGUAGCAUUAACAGUGCUGACAAGACGCGCGACUACUACCUGACGGCGGCCGACCCGUCCGGCAACGACACGCCCGAACAGCGCAUGUCGGACUUGCUCAAGGCCAAGUAUGAGGCCGGGCUGUUGAAGCCGUUCAACUACGUCAACGGCUACGCCCGGCUGCGUGCCUACCUCGACAGCCACCAGAUCACGCUCGGCUCCAAGCAGAAGAUCCAGCGCCAGCUCGACCGCUUCCGGCCAAAGUUCCGCGAGAAGAUGCAGGCUCUGACCGACCUCGAGCUGAUCUAUGUCGAGAUGUGGUUCGACAAGACCCUGAUGGAGUACGACCGCGUCUUUGCCAGCAUGGCCGUGCCGGCCUGCUGCUGGCGCCGCACCGGCGAGAUCUUCCGCGGCAACAAGGAGAUGGCUGAGCUGAUCCACGUGCCGGUCGAGAAGCUACGCGACGGCAAGAUCGCCAUCCACGAGAUCCUCACCGAAGAGUCCGUCGUCCGCUACUGGGAGGAGUUUGGCACCAUCGCCUUUGACACCCAGCACGACACCCUGCUGACGGCCUGCUCCAUCAAGAGCCUCGAUCAGGGCGGUGGCGGCGUCAUCAAGUGCUGCUUCUCGCUCAAGAUUCGCCGCGACGAACACAAGAUGUGA